GUAUUGUACAUCUUUAAAAACAAAUCUCAGUGUUUUCCUCACUUGUCAAAAUUGCAUUGGGAGUUGCAGGUUUGGUUGGUCCCAAGUAGCAUAUCUGCAAUAUUUUUCACUAUAUCCAAAUACCAAAUGAUGAACUCUCCUGAAAGGCAGUGACAAAGCGUAACAAUUUCAAAAGGGAAUUAUUUCAGAAUUGUUAGCAAAUUUAAUUCUUGCAAGUGUUUUUAUGCUUGUAACAUGUGUGGUACAGUAAUUCAGCUUAUUUAAAGUAGAAAGAAAUGGUGCAUAUUCAACCUCGUGAAUGUUGUUGUGCUAUUCCUGUUGCAAAUUGCCUUACAGAAAGGGCAUCAAAUAAACCAAGCACCAGGCUCCUGUGGCUGGCAUGGUGCACUGCAGGAUCCAGUUACAGCCUCUCUUUGUAAUUCUAGGAGGCAGAAAACAAAAUCUGACACUGAAAAAUAAUAAGUUUAAGUAAAUCAUGUAGGAGAAACGUACAUCUAUGUCCAAGAAGUGGUGAGAUGUUGCCAGAACAAUGCAGCUACAUUAUGAAUCUUUAAUGAUUCUGAAAGUCAUAAUGGUCUGUCACUAAUGCCCAUUAAUGAUCUCUCUAUACCACGAGUAUGGGCUUGAUGUUUCUGGCCAAUGCCUUAGAGAAUACUUUAAAUGUGCCUUAAACUUUCUCUGAUCUACUCCCCGUGUGUCUGCUCCAAAUGUAGACUGCAAUUGCCUGGGCAGGAGCAGCUGUAAGGCAGCAUGGCUUUGGGGAUAAGAAAGUCUUAUUCAGAGCCUCAGCUUAAAGGUAUAGUAACAAAGCUCUACAGCAGGCAAGGAUACCACUUGCAGUUGCAAGCAGAUGGAACAAUUGAUGGAACAAAAGAGGAAGACAGUAGUUAUACUUUGUUUAACCUCAUACCUGUGGGUUUACGAGUGGUGGCGAUUCAGGGGGUUCAAACAAAAUUAUAUCUGGCAAUGAACAGUGAAGGAUACCUAUAUACAUCAGAACAUUUUACACCUGAAUGCAAGUUCAAAGAAUCAGUAUUUGAAAACUACUAUGUGACAUAUUCCUCAAUGAUCUACAGACAGCAACAGUCUGGCCGGGGUUGGUAUUUGGGUCUUAACAAAGAAGGAGAAAUAAUGAAAGGAAACCAUGUGAAGAAAAAUAAACCUGCAGCACACUUUCUUCCAAAACCCUUAAAAGUGGCCAUGUACAAAGAGCCUUCCCUCCACGAUCUCACAGAGUUCUCCAGGUCUGGAAGUGGCACCCCAACAAAGAGCAGAAGCGUUUCAGGAGUGCUAAACGGGGGUAAAUCCAUGAGCCAAAACGAGUCCACGUAGCCAGGUUGAGGCCAGCCAAGUGCUCUCUAAAGAACCUUACCUCUGGAUGCAGUUGAAUUCUUACUCGCAGUCUUUCAUCCAAACCCUCAGGUGCCCAGGACAAGGCACCAGCUCACAUAGGUCACCCGUUAUCAGCCAUUAGAUCUUCUGGUUGGCAAAGGAUAAUCCCCAGGCAUGUAGAAUGUGCUUGUGCACACCACAAGGCAGUUGGACAGCAGCAGACACAGCUGUGGGAAAGCCUCCGAGAAGAAAUGUCCAGCUCUUUCUCUCUCUCACUUUUUCCUUCUCUCUUUUUUUCUCUCUCUCCUAUGCUUUGUGGAAAAUGAAACAAAAACAUUUCACAGCAUUCACUGCUGAUAAGAAUUUGCUUUCCAACUCAGAAAAGACCACUUUUGCUCUUCAAAGGAAAUUUUAAUGCUUGUAUGUUUUAUAGGGGCAAACAAAAAACAAAUAUGUAAACUCUGUUGUUUCCUUGGCUUACCGUUUUAUAUCUAAGGCUUGAUAAAAAAAAUGUAUCCUUUAAUUUGGAAUAGUGCAACUUUUUGAUUUCUGAACUCCAAUGGGUCUUUAAAGCUAUGUCUUUAAAAAAAUAAUUCAAAAUUCAGGGUUGGAACUGAGAGUUGGUGUCUCAGGCUCAAGCAAACAGUGUUCUUGUGGUUUUAAACACAAUGAAAUAUAAAUUUUUAUAGAUUUGUAGUUUCUGGUAAAGUUCUUGUGCUAACCCCAGUCUGUAGGAAUUGAGUUGUUUUGUCAUCCCAAGUGGAAGUUAACAGAAAGGGAUAAAAUUAUCCUCCAGUGUAGAUUUCUCUUAAUUCCAUUUUGUGUGUCAUGUUAAACUAUCGUUGUGGCUUCUUUUCUAAAGACAGAAACUGUGGAAUUAAGGUGACUUAAUUUUUUUAUAAGAAACGUCUUAUUUGUAAAAGUCCUUUCACUGUAACGGGCACGUGAGUAUUGUGUAGGAGGAAGCGUUAGGACAGGUUACCCCUAAACAACAUAUACUUAUACUGCUAUUGGAAACAAUCGUUUAAAAAAUGUAGUUAGGUUUCCAUUUAGGUCAUCAUGUCUGUUGCAUGGGAGAAAGUUGGAAUAUUGGCAUAGAGUUGCAUGAUGUGUCAGAUUUUGUGCAUUAAUCAUCGUUGGAUUCUGUGCUCCAAAACUGAAUUAGUUCUGUGCAGGCAGUUUUCUGCCUGGUACAAAAAAGUUGUUUAUUAUUUGUUGUAUACACAACCAUGCACUGAAUAAACUAUUUAUAUUAAGAUGUACUUUUUACAAAAGCUUGUUUGAUUGUAUGCUGUACAUCCAUGGUUAAUUUGAAGGGAAAAGGGUUGGCAAUUAAAUUAUAGAGUUACAAAAUGUUCAAAAUUAAUUGUAAUUAAUGUUCAAAAUC